CGUCGGGAGCGCCGUUUAAAAACUCUUUAACUACUCGGCGUUGGGGAGGGAGGAAGCACACGGCGGCGAUGCAUGGAAGUGAGCAGAGGAAGAGACAUCUGUUCCAGUCAGGACGCUCAGCGAGCAUGGCUCAUUCGGAGAGGUGUGAAUGUGGCGGCGAGCGGCGACACCCGAGCAUUCUGUACAGCCUGCUGAAGAAGGAAAGCGCCCCGUGCGCGACCGCGCGAGCGCCUCGCAGCGCCAGGUUCACCGUGUCGCCACGCACGUGCGCGUGUGGUGUCGCGAGGCCGGUAGCGCUGCGCUCCCCGCACGCGACGUGCGCCGCGGCCUCGGCUGUGCUCGCCAAGACGCUGCGCUUCGUCAAGAGCGUGCCGUGUUUCGGUGAGCUGCCCGCCUGCGACCAGCGCGCUCUGGUGCGCAGUGGCUGGGCGCCGUUGCUUGUGCUCGGAAUGGCGCAGGACGGACUGGAUUUCGAGACGCGCGAGAGCACCGAACCCAGCAUGCUGCAGCGCCUCCUCACCGGUGCGCACGAGCGGCCCGCCAGCCCGCGCGACCACGGCGCUAACAUCAUUGACGGUGGUGGCGGGGUGGCGCUGGCCGAGGCCCAGGGCAUUAAAGCCUUCCUCAGCAAGUGCUGGGACCUCGAUAUCAGCACCAAGGAGUACGCCUACUUAAAAGGAGCCAUUCUGUUUAACCCAGACAUUGCCGGACUGCAGUGUCAGCACUACAUCCAGGCUCUGCAGAGCGAAGCGCACCAGGCUCUUAAUGAACAUGUCAAACUGAUUCACAGAGGAGACACCACGAGGUUUGCCAAACUCUUCAUUGCCCUCUCAAUGCUACGAUCCAUCAACGCCAACGUCGUGGCAGGGCUCUUCUUCAGACCCGUUAUUGGCACAGUAAACAUGGAAGAACUUCUUCUCGAGAUGUUUUAUGGAAAGUAGAAAGCCACACUCCUCAGCCGACCUGACAGGUCUCCUCCAAGAGGGACAGUGAGCAGAGACAGUGGCCUGAGGCUUUCAUACACACAAAUUUUUACACAUGCUAUUUUUGUACAAUAUUUCCUUGGACUCUAUUCCCUUAUUGCCUUCUGAGUUGAACUCAUUGCUGAAUCCAAAAUCUAACUUUAUCCUUUUUUCCGGGAAAUAGCUUUACAUUGUUUUCUGUAAUCAAGCUUUUAUGUGUUGUUUUGUACAGCCAUAUUAUGAAACAGACUAUUUAUUUGAGUAUAUUUAAACUUUAGAAACUGUUCUAGGCCUAUGUGUUUAUUGUUCCGUUGACCUCAAUGAGCAGUGCACACAUGCAUAUAUUCCAACACAACCUUUCUAUAGUUAUGGAGCCUGGUUUUCAGCAUUGAAUACAGUUACUUGGGUUAAGAAAGUUUCAAAGUGAUACAAAUUGGAAAAAAAGAAAGAAAUAGAAAAUAAAAAUGAAUGAGAAAUUGAAAAGAUUCUUACCAGAAGAGGGCAAUGUGAGCUUACAAACCCGAAAAGCUCACGCGAGGAGGUGAAAACUCCCUGAUGGCAGAGAAUACACCUUCACAUUUCCGUUUCAGCCAAAAUGCAUAUCAGUUUGAACAAACUACCGUUUGACCAAACAAAGUGCUGGAACACAGGCACUGAAGUGUAAAACAUUAUGUUGUGUCCUUGUGACAGGAUUGGAUAUGCAUGGGUGAUUUGGGACAGGACACCAUAUGUUGUGCUGUGAAAGCAUUAGUCAUAGCAGUGUAAAGUAAAAUGCUUAAGGCAA